UCUUUGUUAUUGAAUAUGAAAUAUAUAUCAGAACACCAUUUUGAAACAAGAAUCAUUUCUAAAACGCAGAUUUUUAAAACAAUUUAAUAUGUGAGGAUAGAUACUGAAACGCUAUAGACGAUAAGUAUAAAUGGAAGAAAACGUUGUAUAUAAGUUUUUAGUUCUGCUAUGUUUAGUUAAACAGGUUACUGGGCAACCCGUGAUUGCCGAUCAACCAAUAGUUGGUAAUGUUAAAGAAGCAACGUUUGCCCAGGUAGCAAUAGCUGACAUCAAAUGCACAGAUCCUGGUGGAGGUAAGGUAGCAGUUUCCAUAGAAACAGUUACCAGCACACCAACAGCAGGACAUUGUCAACGGUGUUUCCAAGCAUUUAACUUUGCUACUGGAUUACCUGAACAAUGGAAGAUAUAUUUUAUUCCCGGCAACUCACCCUUGUCGUAUUUGUCAGCCAGUCGUUAUGACAUAAUGGUAGCUUGUCGCGAUGGUAAUGGUGGUACAACAAAUACGGUGAUUGGUAUAAAUGUUAUACCAAACGCACCGCCAUUUUUUAAUCCAGUUUAUAUCAAUAAGGAUAUUCCGAAUAGUGGUACAAAGACAGCCGGGGACAGUAUUGACUUUUUUACGGCUUUGGAUCCUGAUGGCGAUUCACUGUUUUACACCAUGAAUACCUCAAUUACAACAGAUAUUUUCCAGAUAAAUGCUGCUACUGGAGAAGUAACACUGCGGAAAGCCUUAGGCGCGCUCUGUAGGAGUAAUUUAGUCUUAUAUAUUGAAGCCAGAGACAACUUUAAUGCCCAAGUAGCUAAACUAUCGGCUAAUCUACAUUUCAAACUUAUGAACUAUCCCAGUAUUAUCACCAACCUAAACCGUGUUGUUACUGUAAAGGAGAAUAUGGUUCCUGACUCAAUACCUAUUGAAAGAACAGAUACCCAAGAACUAGCGUUUACUUGUGACCUUACAGUACAGCCACCUUCUAUGACGUCUAAAAUUAACUACGAUAACACAGGACCUAAAAUUCUUCUAUCAUUAUUGAAUUAUGAAGUAGACAAGAACGCCAAUAUAACUGUACAGUGUACAGAUGGUUUAUGUAAUGCUGUACCCAAAUGGGUGUAUUUACAAAUACUGGAUGUCAACGACAAUCCACGUCUCGACCCUCCAACACAAACCAUUUCCGUUCCCGAAGGCUAUAUAUCAGUUCUUCCCAACUAUAUACUCACAGACGAAGAUGGUUCCGAUCCACCUGUUUAUUAUUUUGUCAACGCCGUACCGGCUGGUUUCUUCAUAGACAAAGUUACUGGAAGAAUAAGAACAAACAUCGACUACCGUGUAGACAUGAAUAACCAGGUAGAUUUAACCCUGACCAUUGCCGCCAAUGAUACCAAAGGUCCACAACCGACCAAUCCUGUAACAGUGCUGUUAAGUAUUUAUGACGUUAACGAUAAUCGACCAAUUAUUACUAAGACAUCUUAUGAGUAUCUGCUGGAAGACUGUACGCCACCGGGAGUCCUAGAUACACUUGUUGCCACCGAUGCCGAUGGCGGAAUAAAUAGUGAGAUAGAAUUUGAAACCAAGAUUUCUGGCAGUCUUUCCGUGACGUCAACGGGUCAAAUAUCACUGCGAGCAGCACCUGUAGCAGGAGGUUUUGAUAAUGUAGAAGUGUAUGCCUACGAUAAAGGUUUAAAUCCAGGUGUUUUAAAAAGUGCAGCUCCUGCAGUCAUAACUUUAAUAGGGAUUCCCUGUGCAACAACACCUUUUACUGGAGCUACUACCGGGCUAACGACAGAGUCUACCACCAUGUCUACAGAGCCACCAGAACCAACCUUACCACCCAAUCAAAGGAAGAACAAUCCCGAGGACCUGAUAUGGAUAUCCAUGGCCUGUGUCCUGGGUCUGGCUAUUGUUGCGUUGUUUAUUUUUAUUAUCUACAGAUGUAACGUGGCAGCCAGAAAUAAACGUAGAGACAUGAGUAGAAAGGAUGGACCGCCGAGAAAAAGUUCUAAGGCAUAUGUGAAUCCAGACCAUAUAAAAACAAGAUCUGCAUCAAUUGUAGAGGCGACACCAGUCAACAAAAAACAAGAACAAAAAGAUUACUUUAAAAAUGAUAUUAAAGAUAAUUAUAAAGAAACAUACAAGACCAAGACCCUUACAUCAGCAGUGUAGCAACACAAAAAUUUGAUGUUUUUGGUUUUCAAUCAGUUUCUGUAUUUUAAAUAAAGGGUAUUUUUAGAUUAAUGAAAACUAUUAAUUAUAAAAAUAGAAAGAAAAAUUCUUAUUUAUUUGACGGAUAUUAGCUGGGUUGGAAGAAAGAAUUGGAUGGCUAUAAUUUACUUUGGGAUUGUUCGAUGUUAAUGUUUUACAUCAAAUGCUUAUUUGAUAAGCCUAUAUUUUAAUAUAUAGUCUCGAUUUUUGUAACUUUAAUGUGAUUAUAUACACAGUAACACAAAAGAUUUAAACAUCCAUACUUAGCAGUUUUUGUAAUGAAAUGACCUAUUCGACUUUGUAAAAUAGAUGCUCAAAUGUCGUUAUAUUUAUAAAAUACAAAAAUAUGUAAAUAGCGCUAUUUAUUAAAUUUGUUUAACUAUUA